GUUUAUAGGAAGCUAAAGGCAAGUGAACAACGAAAAGGUAGAACCAAUGAAAUCGGGAACCAAAAUGAAGCAGAGGGUGGGAAAGCGCAGGUCUCGGCUCACAAACGUUAUCCUCGUCUACCGCAAUUACCUAUGCGAGCACCAGGAAUCAUUCGCCCGACACAUGCAUCGGUAACAAAGCUCAGAAUGUUCAAGUAUAGUAAACGUCAUGAAGGUGGCGGAUUGUUCCGUCAAUCAACAUCGACACCAAAACCGCCGCAGUCUGUUCCGGACAGUGGUCAACACCUGGGAGGCCCUCAAGGUGGUCCGCAGCAUCAACUGCAUCAAGGCAUUAUAGCCCAGAAUGUUCGCGGUCCAGCGAUUCAGGCGCCAGGUCCAUUGCCAGCUGUAGUGGUCGAACCUGCGUUUCCACCUCGACGACCUCCCCCAUCUAUGAUAGCCAUAGCUCUCGUCGUCGAUGUUGAGAAGGAUAGUUAG